AUGGCUGAUGAGGAAUACUCGAGGGCGUCUGCGGAAGCAGACCGUGAAAUGACAAAGCUCUGGCGCACAUGGAGGACCGUUUUCGAGAUGCUAGCUGAUCGGGUAUGGGCCUAUCCCUCAUCUCGCGUAAUCGAUAUGCAGCUGCUGACGCGUGGUGGGGACUAUGUUCAGGGCUAUGAAGUGACUGAGGAGGAGAUAAAAAUUCCUCUCGAAGAAUUCAGAACGCGAUACUCAGAUGCUCUUGGGUUUCCUGAUCGCAAUAAAAUGAAAAUCAGCGCGCGUCCCUCACAGGCGAUGAUGGAGAAAUACACACCCCUCCCCACAGUAUCGAAACCUAACCCAGUCCCCGAAUGCGGUACCAUUUACGUCGAAUUCUGCGCCGAUAUACAGAGCGUAGGGACAAAGCAAGUGCGCGCAUUUAAUCAUUUCAUCGACGAACAAAACUACCACACCGGAAUAUUCAUCAGCCAGACGCCAAUUUCUCCAUCCGCAAUGCGAGUGUUGAACAGCAUACCAGGCCGGUUCUGUGAGCACUUCCAGGAACAGGAACUCCUAGUCAAUAUUACCCAUCAUGAACUCGUACCCAAACAUAUUCUUCUAAGCGCAGAGGAAAAGAAACGGCUCCUUCAGCGAUACCGGUUGAAGGAGUCUCAGCUUCCACGUAUCCAGAGUGGAGAUCCUGUGGCGAAAUAUCUAGGUUUGCGACGAGGGCAGGUGGUCAAGAUCAUCCGAAAGAGUGAAACAGCUGGAAGGUACGCCAGCUACCGCUGGGUUACUUAA